CCAGCCCCAUGGAUUGACGGUUUGGAUUGCAUGAGCCUGAUUCGUGGUGGAGACAAUGAGCCUUCGGGCCACCCAGGCUUUGGAAGGGCAUGAGUCACAGGUGAUUGAGGCAAUUGAACAUGUUUUGUAAUGCGCUCAUUUCUGCCUUGCUAUGAUCUCGCCCCUCAAUUCUAAUCUCACCGUUGACCCGGACCUCGGCGACGUCAUUGGACUUCUGAUGUAUAUUGGAUAAUGCUCGGGCUGUUUCUGAGUAGUGGUGGCAGCCUGAUCAGGUUAUCCGACUGGGACGCACAGAUAUAAAGCCAGAAGCAAGAACCCUCUGAACAAAAUUCGAGCCUACAACUGUAUUUUACUCGACCAAAUACCGAUCCUCCUCAUCACAGAGGACUCGAUCCAAAGUCAGCUCUUUUCAUACACAUCAAGUCGAAUUCGAACUUUGAUCCCGACCGAAGGUUAAUCCCUAUCCAUCAACUCGCCAUCCAUACCAAACACCGGCGAAGCCUAAAGCAAUGGCUGGUCUUUACAGUGGUCCUUUGGCAAUUGACCAACCCAGCGGCGCUGGCCGACGGGACUCACACGCUUCUGAACCAUGGGUGGAACCAUGGCUGAUCAAGCACGUGGGCUUCUACCGCAGACACAUGACAAAGGAUAACCACGGGGAGCCGGCUGCAGACCGGAGGCAUAGUCUGAUGACUGAGGACAAGACAAGCCGUGAGAGCUCGGUGGCUGGGCCAAACAACGAGGUCGCCGAGGCUGCCAACAACAUUGCAGCGUCUGAGCCGGUGGCAACAGAGGCGGCGCCUCGGCGGUCGGAGUCUCCAGAAGGUCGUGUCGAGAUUGAGCAUGAAGGAGAGAGCUCCGACCCAGCAGAACAUGCCCCUACCAAGGAAAACGCGACUCGUCGGUGGCGGAAGAGAAUGUCAUGGCGGCCCCGGCAUUGAACGCAACAACAAGUUGGAGCCCGGUAGUUUUGGAUGUGCUCUUGACGGACAAGUACUACUUAAUCCAGAGAACUCUGGUGGCGAUGGAGGGUGAAGGACGAGGGCCACCCCUUUUAUGAUUGUCAUGCCGUCUUUAUAUACCCAUAGUCCGUGUCUGAUGUAUUAAUAAAUGGUUUGGUUUCACCACUUG